AUGCCUCAAGCACCACAACAACAGCCUCAACCCCAACCACAACAUCCAGUCUCUCCUACAGCCACCAGAAAACCCAGAUCAUCAACACCAAAACCAUCAAAGUCUACAAAGUCUGAUGCCCCUUCCACUAAGAAGACCAGAACCUCUGUUGCUACACAAAAAAGAAGGAGACUGGUUGCAGCUUAUGAUUAUGAUGAUCUUGAACCUUCACAUGCACCAAACUCUGAACCUUCACAGGCCAGUCCUCAAUCAAAGCCAGCUAGAUUUAAGAGAAGGGCAAACAAGCCUAAGAGGGCAAAGUUUCCUGAGGGUGUCAUUAUUCAUGAUACAGCACCAGAAAACUACAAAUCAGAUGCUGUCAUUGAAGACUCUGACAAAGUAGCUUUGGAAGCACUGCAGUCUCUUGCAAAGGCUAGUGAAGAGCCUAGCAAAUCAUCAUCAAAAUCUGCAGCUCAUGAAAAAUCUGUUCCAGAUCCUGUUAAAAAUGUUGAAGAUCCUGCAUCUGAUGAUGAUGAGGAUGAUAACAGUUCAGAUGAUGACAAUGAUGAUGAAGAUGAAGUCCCUCUGUCUCAUCAGCAACAAAAGGUUUUCAAAGAUCUCAUAUCCAAAGAUGAGAAGAGACCAGUUCUCAGGCCUCUACAAAUUCCAGCUCCACUAAGAGCUAGACUGAACAUGCCUCAAGCACCACAACAACAGCCUCAACCCCAACCACAACAUCCAGUCUCUCCUACAGCCACCAGAAAACCCAGAUCAUCAACACCAAAACCAUCAAAGUCUACAAAGUCUGAUGCCCCUUCCACUAAGAAGACCAGAACCUCUGUUGCUACACAAAAAAGAAGGAGACUGGUUGCAGCUUAUGAUUAUGAUGAUCUUGAACCUUCACAUGCACCAAACUCUGAACCUUCACAGGCCAGUCCUCAAUCAAAGCCAGCUAGAUUUAAGAGAAGGGCAAACAAGCCUAAGAGGGCAAAGUUUCCUGAGGGUGUCAUUAUUCAUGAUACAGCACCAGAAAACUACAAAUCAGAUGCUGUCAUUGAAGACUCUGACAAAGUAGCUUUGGAAGCACUGCAGUCUCUUGCAAAGGCUAGUGAAGAGCCUAGCAAAUCAUCAUCAAAAUCUGCAGCUCAUGAAAAAUCUGUUCCAGAUCCUGUUAAAAAUGUUGAAGAUCCUGCAUCUGAUGAUGAUGAGGAUGAUAACAGUUCAGAUGAUGACAAUGAUGAUGAAGAUGAAGUCCCUCUGUCUCAUCAGCAACAAAAAUGGUCUCAGAACAGAGGUAGCCAGUUUCAAGGAAACUCAAAAUAUGGACAAGAAAAGGCACUUGCUACCUCUAAAGGAAGACAUGAAGAAGCUGGUGUCUGCCAAUGA